AUGGCAGAAGGAGCAAAGGUGUUCAAGAAGACCAGCCCCAACAGCAAGCUAUCCAUCUACUUGGGGAAGAGAGACUUUGUGGAUCAUGUGGAGUCAGUGGACUCCGUAGAUGGCAUCUGCCUGAUAGACCCAGAGUACCUAAAGGACAGAAAAGUGUAUGUGACGCUGACUUGCGCAUUUCGCUAUGGCCGAGAUGACCUCGACGUUAUCGGGUUGACCUUCAGGAAGGACCUCUAUGUCCUGACCACCCAGAUCUUCCCACCGGUGCCGGACCAGACACCCAAAACCCUCACUCCUUUGCAGGAGAAGCUGAUGAAGAAGCUUGGGGAGAAUGCCUACCCUUUCACCUUCGAGAUUGCCACCAACCUGCCCUGUUCAGUCACCCUCCAGCCAGGACCAGAUGAUGUGGGAAAGGCCUGUGGCGUGGACUUCGAGGUCAAAGGAUUUUGUGCUGAAAAUCUGGAGGAGAAAAUUCACAAGAGGAACUCGGUGCGCCUCAUCAUCCGCAAGAUCCAGUUUGCACCCCUGGUGACGGGGCCAGCCCCAAAGUCGGAGACCACCCGGCAGUUCAUGAUGUCCGACAAGCCCCUGCACCUUGAAGCCUCCCUGGAUAAGGAGAUCUACUACCAUGGAGACCCCAUCAAUGUGACCGUCAACAUCAACAACACCACCAACAAGAUUGUGAAAAAAAUUAAGCUCUCAGUUGAUCAGAUCACAGAUGUGGUCCUCUAUUCGCUGGAUAAAUACACGAAGACUGUGUGCACCGAGGAGAUAAACGAGAACGUGGCAGCCAACUCCACCUUCUCCAAAACGUACUCCAUCACCCCCACGCUCUCGGCCAACCGUGAGAAGCGAGGCCUUGCUCUCGAUGGCAAGCUCAAGCACGAGGACACCAACCUGGCUUCCACCACCAUCCUGAGACCCGGCAUGGACAAGGAGGUGCUGGGCAUCCUGGUGUCCUACAAAGUGAAGGUCAACCUGGUGGUGUCCCGAGGAGGCAUCCUGGGGGAUCUCACUGCCAGUGAUGUUGGAGUCGAGCUGCCUGUCAUCCUGAUGCACCCGAAGCCUGCGGACGAUAAGCCAAGAAGCGAGGAGGACAUCGUCAUCGAGGAAUUCGCUCGCCAGAAACUCAAGGGGGAGAAAGACGACGAGGAGGAGGAGGCCAACAAAGAGGAAAGCUAA